AUGUCCAGUGAAUUAAAGGAUUUGAAACGGCAGGAGAGACAGACACAAAGCACCUUCAAUGGUGCCAAACAGUUUUUGCAAAAAUUUAAGGUGGAGAAGCAUACAAGUCAGAUAGAAAAUCGUUUAGAGCUUCUGGAAACAGCGAUGAAAAAAUUCUACGUGGUUCGAAGAAAAAUUGAGCUGUUAACUGACGAAGAUGACGAGAAGGAAGCAAGCGAUAGCAAGGAAACAGUUGAAGAACGUGCUAACGCCGAAGAUCUAUUCUGUGAGCUGAAGUCGUUACUGCAAAGUUUGAAACCAGCUAACACACCUACACAAGUGCCCGCCGACGUUGCACCUACUCCAAUAUUACCUACUACCAACUCGGUAUCAAGAGUCAAGCUUCCCGAUAUUCGUCUCCCUAGCUUUGGAGGCAAAACAAGUGACUGGGUCACAUUUCGUGAUAUGUUUCAAAGUUUGAUUCAUCGCAACGAUCAAUUGAAUGCAAUCGAUAAAUUUUCGUAUCUUCUAUCAUCGUUGAUCGGCGAAGCGUUGCAAGAGAUUUCGUCAAUAGAGAUGUCGGUAGUUAACUAUCCAAUUGCUUGGGAUUUGUUGAAGAGACGUUAUGAAAACCGAAAACUGAUAGUAAAGGCUCAUCUGGAUGCGUUAUUUGCUGUUGAACCGAUGAAACGUGAAAACUACGAGGCGUUGAGUCAUCUUAUAGGCGAAUUCGACCGUAAUUUGCAGAUGUUGGAGAAAGUUGGAGAGGAUUCGUCUCAAUGGAGCACAAUAUUAGUUCACAUGAUCUGUUUGAGGCUAGAUCAGGCUACGUUACGACACUGGGAGUCACACUAUAGUUCGAAAGAUGUUCCAACCUACGACGCCUUGAUGUCAUUUCUUCGAAAUCAAUGUUGCGUCCUUCAAUCAAUUGCUCCACCUAAAUCGGUUCACAGUGAAACAAAGAAACCGAAGUUCACAGUGUCUCAUAUAUCUGUACAGUCUUCCAAUCGAUGUCCAUUCUGCGGAGAAGCUCAACAUUCUGCAUUUAAGUGCCAGAAAUUCAUCAAAUUGAAGGUGUCUGAGCGAUUCGAGAUGGUGAAACGUUGUCGGUUGUGCUUGAAUUGCUUAUCUCCGACGCAUCUUGUUCGGUUUUGCACGAAGGCAUUCUGCCAACAUUGCCAUCAAAAACAUCCAGAAUGUAAGAAUUCUGGAUCUUUCAUCGGAGGGAAGUCGUCGUCGACAGCACCGCAAACCGAUCCCUCCGUCCCACGUGCACAAAAUCGGCAACAGACAGCGAACAUUCAGCAAACACAAACACUAGCCCAGAUCCAUACCACACUCACUCAGAACACUGGAUCAUCUACAAGCUCAUUACACAUCGCAAACGCAAAUUCGCAACCGCAAACACACCCACCACCCACCACAGAUCGUACUCCCAAUACAAACACUCUAGCUGCAAACAUAUAUACACCACAACGUCAAGUUUUACUAUCUACCGCUUUGAUUCGCGUAUCGGAUUUCUACGGAAAUGCACUGAUAGCGAGAGCUCUUCUAGAUUCUUGCUCAGAAUAUUGUUUCAUUACUACAACGCUUUUCCAAACGCUGAAGUUACCAGAGACUGCCAGUACACUGUCCGUAGGAGGAAUCGGUGGUUCUAUAGUCAAAUCUACAAAGAGCGUAGAAGCGGCGAUAGCUUCAAGAUCGUUGGAUAUUUCAUCGUAUUCGGAAAACGUUCAGCUUCACGUAUUGCCGAAACUCACCUCGAAGCUGCCAUUGCAGGCGGUCAACAGUCGGACUCUCGCCAUUUCGGCAGGCGUCAUUUUAGCAGAUCCAACUUUUUGUGAACCUGGAUCUAUAGAUCUCAUAAUCGGUGCUGAGUAUUAUUACGAUCUACUGUUAUAUGAAAGAAUGAAGUUGUCAGAAAAUGGACCCAUCUUACAAAGAACCGUCUAUGGAUGGGUUGUAUCUGGACGUGUACCGGGUACAAAUUUGGAGAUUCCAAGAACCAUUACACAUACGUGUGCAUCAAUUGAUCUUCGGGAUCUUCUCGCUAAAUUUUGGGAACUAGAGUCCUGCAAUAAUCGAAGCACUCAUUCGGUGGAAGAAACGAUGUGUGAGGAAAUAUUCGACAGAACAACUGUUCGUGACUCAGAUGGAAGAUUCAUUGUCACACUUCCUAAGAAAAACUACGUUAUUGAUCAAUUGGGUGACUCAAAAUCUAUCGCAUUGAAACGAUUCUUCGGUUUAGAAAAAAGACUUGCUGUAAAUAUCACAUUGAAGAAGUUAUAUAGCGAAUUCAUCGAAGAAUACUUAUCCAUGGGCCAUAUGCGAGAAAUUUAUGAGAAUGGCGGUGAAAUGCUUUCUUACUACAUGCCCCAUCAUGCUGUAAUCAAACCCCACAGCACUACGACGAAGCUACGUGUCGUCUUCGAUGCAUCUUGUCGAUCGUCUACAGGAGUUUCCUUGAAUGAUGGAUUGCUUGUGGGACCGGUAGUGCAACAGGAUUUGUUGUCAAUUACCUUGAGAUUUCGUUCUCAUAAAUUUGCGUUAGUAGCUGAUGUAGCAAAAAUGUACCGUAUGGUAAAGGUAGCAGAGGAAGAUCAGCCAUUGCAACGCAAUUUGUGGAGAAACGCACCAAACGAGCCAGUGAAGAUCUACCAGCUGACUACAGGAGUUUGGAAUCACAUUGCCGGUGCAGAUAAUCCAGCAGAUAUUAUAUCGCGGGGUUUGACACCCGCUCAGUUGCAAUACCAACCACGAUGGUUUGAAGGUCCACUUUGGAUGCGCCAGCAACAUUCAACCUGGCCAAAGUCAGCGGACGUAAUGUCUCCACCAAACAGUCCACUGUUAGAAGAAAAACCUACCGCAUCGCUUCCUGUUCACACAUAA